UUGGACCAAAUGACGAGAUGGGAAUUCUUUUCACCAGAGUAAGUUGCCUUUUCUCUGUGGGAGCAAGUUUCCAGAUGCAAUGGUAAAAUGUUUCUCUUGAUCUUUAAAUUAAACAUCCCUACUCCAGAUCCUUGGCCGAUAUGUCACAGAAAGGGUUGGAAGAAAUAUUUGCUCAAUAUAUACAGGCCAUCGAAUCAUCUCAGCAAGUAUCCCCGGUUUCACCUGUGGAGGAAGAGUUUUGGACGGACGAUGUUGACUGGGACGAUACAAGUGUGGAAUCUACGAACAAGCGAAACUCAUUAUUUUCACAGCCCAAUGAGACUUUAAAAUCACCUCCUGAAGAGCCCAUGUCUUCAAUGCAGAACGGACUGUCUCAGGAUAGCAGAUUACCGCCACCAAACACCUCGCAGGCCAAUGUGUCCGUUGCACCUAUACCGCCUCCAGCAGAUGAUAAACCUAGAAAAUUAGCAACAAAUCCAUAUCGAAAUCGCCUAAGCUGGGGUAGUGAACUUGUGUCGUCAAGCACGCCAUCACAACAUCUUGCGUCCGAGCUCAUGUCAUUGUUUGAUAUGGAGUUUAAAGUAGAUAUCCACAUCAACACUGCGCCAAAACUACCAGAAUUGCCAUUCAAGUCAUCACAGAACACUGCAAAGGGAUUUGCUAGCGAACACCAUUCCAUUAUGUCCCUUGUGAGCGAGCUGGAAACCAUCACUGUUGACGAUUUGGAUGUGAGAACCUCAAACCCGCUAGUGUCUUUCCCACCACCCCCAAGUAUACCCCCUCCAGCGGAUCGGCGUACAGCGCGAAGAUCUUCCAGUUUGGCUUCCAGUGCACAUUCAGGCUGGACAACCCGAAAACCCAUCGAUAGCACUGUACCAAAACGUUCUUCCUCUCUAUCAGUGGCUUCUUCGCCUCGAGCUGUGUCGCAAGUCAUUGAGCAACCGCCUACUUUUGCGAAUGUGGAAAAUACGAAGAGAAACACAGCACACCCUCUAUCAGAUGGUUCAAAUCAUGCAGGACAGCGAGCUUCUUCCAGUGACGACUUAUUUGCUUCACAAAACAAAAAAUUAAAGAAGAAAAGCUCUUUCCGACAUUUGGCAGAUUUGAUGACCUUAAAAAAAGCUAGCUCUCCUUAUUCUACUACUGGGCAGACGAAGUCUUCUGUGUCAUCGUCGUGGGUUUCCUUACCUGACUUGGGUAGUGAUACCGAUCUGAAGUCGCAUUCUUCAUCACAGGGUUCAGUGACGACUAUUCAAUCUGAGAACAUUAUAGCUAAACCGCUUCCAGCUUCACCGUCAAGUCCUCCGGGACCGUCUCCCACCACCUCAAAUAACCUUGAGAACUCAGGUAGGAGUGGGCAAACUCCAACGCGUUCCUCUUCUUUGCGUCACAAACAUACCAAGAAGCGACGGUCUGCAGUCAUGGAGCCAACUGCCAAGCGAGCAACGACAGCGCCGGCUGGUUACUCAUUUGAUGGAGUUACCCGUAUGGAUACUCUUUCACAUGACCAAAGCAAGUCAAAUGUUCUUCCUGUUGGUGGUAUCAAACGCAAUAAGGAUAAGAUUAGAAAAGAGGGACAAGCAGCAUCAAACGGAACUACAGGACUUUUUGGAAGCAAUGACCAGGAUCAUUCCAAUCAUCGUAACAGUAUUUUGGCACAUCGUCGGUCGCUAACUCCAGCCGGUCUGGACCUGACAGAUGGUAUUCCAGUUGAGGACCCUGGAUUUGUUACCAUCGGCAAAGGGAUUGGUAACUAUGGCGGUACAGCAAAUCAACAAAAGGAGUCUAACGCUAAUGCCACUGGCAAGUUCAUCAAGCGUAUGGUGUCGUUAGGUAAAGCUAUGCGAUUACGCAAUAGUAUUGUUACGUAAACGCAAGAGGCAUCAAUGAUAUACCGUUUCAUAGCCGCAUUAUAAUAAACUAGCCAGCAUUCAUUCUCAUCUCUCCUCUAAUUUUUUCCAUCUUGGCUGAUCAAUGGGUUUAUCCCAGGCCAUAUCAGAAUUUCAAAUGAUGGCUUUUUAUUCCGAGCUUGUUA